AUGACGUUUCGAGCACAAUUUAUUGCUCAUAAUCAUAUCAAGAUUUGUGGAUCAUACUGUUUUACAAACAAAAUACUCAUUUCCACGGAUAGUUUCAAAGUAGGAACUUAUCAGUAUUUGCGAGUCAACCACAAUUCACCCUCAUUCAUCAGUAAAAAGCUGAAGCGAUUCGGAUCGAUAUUCUUUACAAUUCGGCAUAUAUUCUGGUUACUUUUGCUCAACAGCAAAUCUACAACUGAUCAGAAAAUGUGCGGUGGAUCGACGAUUGAUUCGUUGGGAAUAACUCACAAAUACAUGAGGAGAACGCCAACAGCUGACUUUCAGAGCAGAGUACCUAUUGAUCUCAGUGGGAUUCACCGUGAAGAAACACAUUGA